AUGUCUAUCUAUCUAUCUAUCUAUCUAUCUAUCUAUCUAUCUAUCCGGGUUUGUCUGUCUCUACUUAUUAACUUCCAUAUCUAUCUAUCUAUCUAUCUAUCUAUCUAUCUAUCUAUCUAUCUAUCUAUCUAUAUAUGGGUCUGUCUGUCUAUUUAUGGGUUUGUCUAUCUCUAUUUAUUAACUUCCAUAUCUAUCUAUCUAUCUAUCUAUCUAUCUAUCUAUCUAUCUAUCUAUCUAUGGGUCUGUCUGUCUAUUCAUGGGUUUGUCUGUCUCUACUUAUUAACUUCCAUAUCUAUCUAUCUAUCUAUCUAUCUAUCUAUCUGUCUGUUUGUCUGUCUCUAUUUAUGGAUUUGUCUAUGUCUCUAUCUUGUUAUCUAUCUUCCAUAUCUAUCUAUCUGUCUGUCUAUUCAUGGGUUUGUCUGUCUCUAUCUAUCCAUAUCUAUCUAUCUAUCUAUCUAUCUAUCUAUCUAUCUAUCUGUCUGUCUGUCUAUUUAUGGAUUUGUCUGUCUCUACUUGUUAACUUCCAUAUCUAUCUAUCUAUCUAUCUAUCUAUCUAUCUAUCUAUCUAUCUAUCUAUCUAUCUUAUUCAGACAUGGCGCCUAUCAUCUCCGUUCUUUCUUUCUUUCUUUCUUUCUUUCUUUCUUUCUUUGUGUUACUUUUUACAUUGUCACCGUUCUUUCUUUCUUUCUUUCUUUCUUUCUUUCUUUGUAUCGCCUCCGUUCUUUCUUUCUUUCUUUCUUUCUUUCUUUCUUUCUUUCUUUCUUUCUUUGUGUUAAGAAAAAUGCUUUUUUACACUGUCUCCGUUCUUUCUUUCUUUCUUUCUUUCUUUGUGUUACUUUUUACAUUGUCUCCGUUCUUUCUUUCUUUCUUUCUUUCUUUCUUUCUUUCUUUCUUUCUUUCUUUCUUUGUGUUACUUUUUACAUUGUCUCCGUUCUUUCUUUCUUUCUUUCUUUCUUUCUUUCUUUCUUUCUUUCUUUCUUUCUUUCUUUGUGUUACUUUUUAGAUCAUCUCUAUUCUUUCUUUCUUUGUGUUACUUUUUAG